AUGCCGAAUGUUCGUGUAAAAAGCGACCAGAACGUGCAGUAUACGGAUGAGGCUAUUGAGGUCAAGUACGCGUACCGCACAACACACGUGACAAAGGGAGAUGGCGGGGAGGUGACGGUGGAGCCCGUAGAUGUUGCGCUGCGCUUCCGCACACUGCGCAAGCCUGCUAGGUGUGGCGUAAUGCUGGUGGGCUGGGGCGGCAACAAUGGGUCAACCGUGACGGCGAGCAUUGUGGCCCACCAGCACGGCGUGACGUGGCGCACCAAGACGGGGAUGAAAGAGCCGAACUACUUUGGUUCCAUCACACAGUCCAGUACAAUGAACAUGGGGCUCACUUCUGACAUGGAAGAGGUGUUCGUACCGCUCAAAGAUGUGGUUCCGAUGCUGAAUCCGACUAAUCUUGUCAUUGGCGGAUGGGACUGCAGUAGCAUGAGCAUUGGUGACGCCAUGCGCCGCGCGCAGGUACUGGAAAUCACCCUGCAGGAUGCGGUGUAUGAACACAUGAAGGAUAUGAAACCACUACCCGCGGCGUUUGAUCUUAGCUUUGUUGCAGAGAAUCAAAAGGAGCGCGCAGACAAUGUGAUGCUAGUGCCAAACAAAUGGGAGGCGCUGCAGCAGCUGCGGCACGACAUACGCGCCUUCAAGGAGGGGCAUGGUCUCGAGAAGGUCAUUGUGCUCUGGACAGCCAACACGGAGCGCUUUUCAGAAUAUGUUGAGGGAGUACACGACACUGCCGAGAACCUUCUCGCCGCGGUUAAGCGGAAUGAGUCGGAGAUUGCACCAUCGGCACUCUAUGCAAUGGCCGCCAUAUUGGAGAACUGCAGCUACAUCAAUGGCGCGCCGCAGAACACGCUUUGCGCUGGCCUUAUUGAUCUGGCACAUCGUCAUGGCGUUUUUGUUGGUGGGGAUGACUUCAAAAGUGGGCAGACAAAAAUGAAGAGUGCGUUGGUGGAGUUUUUCGUUGCUGCCGGCAUCAAGCCAGAGUGCAUUGCGAGCUAUAAUCACCUCGGUAACAACGACGGGCACAAUUUGGCGGCGCCAAAACAGUUCCGCUCCAAAGAGAUCACGAAGAGCAAUGUGGUGGAUGACAUGGUGGCGUCCAACAACAUCUUGUAUCCGCCCGGCACUAAAGGGCCAGAUCACUGCAUCGUCAUCAAGCACCUUCCAUACGUAGGCGAUAGCAAACGCGCCAUGGACGAGUACAGUUUCUCCAUCUUCAUGGGGGGUGAGCAGACGGUGGUGCUGCACAACACAUGUCAGGACUCCUUGCUGGCGGCACCUCUUAUCAUUGACCUCGUCGUGCUGACGGAGCUUUUGGAGCGUGUGUGUGUGACAAUCGACAGCGAAGGUGGCGAGCCCAAUGAAAAAGCAGCCAGAUCAUCUUAUACACAGAUGGAGACUGUGCUGUCGUUGUUGUCAUAUCUCCUUAAGGCGCCGUGUGUUCCAGCAGGUACACCUGUGGUGAACGCGCUCAACCGCCAGAAACAGGCUAUUGACAAUGUGUUGCGUGCCCUCGUUGGACUCCCGCCGGAUCAUAACAUGUUGCUGGAGUGCCGUGUACCGUUUUUACGCGGUAAGAUGUCUCAAUCAGUGAGAGAAUGA